CGAGCUUUCGAAUUGGCUGCCCGACUUGACGAGAGCAGGCCCCCUUCAUGUAAAGCCGUCAACAUGUUGUUUGGUGAUCUCCUCAUCGAGAUGGAAGAUUAUAUCUAUGACCAACACGAUGUCUGGGUCAGACAGCAAAAUAUCGAAGCGCAGCGAUCGUCUGAGAAGGUCGAGUCACAGCAGCAAAAGGCCGAAACUAGGGCACCGGAAGAACAAAGGGUGGAGGCUCAGGCACCGCAACAGGAAACUGCCGAAUCUCAGGUACCGCAAGCCAAGACGGAGUUCGAAUGGGAGCCGCAAGCUCAAGAGCCGAACAAACAAAUCCAGCUCGAGGACAUGUUGAAUGAGAUAUUACACAACGAGAAGAGGAUUCAUCUCCACAAGGCUCGCAUCCAGACCAACAGAGCUGGAGGCAAAGGUACGAGCGACGACGACAGACAACUGCAAGUCCUUCAUCAGAGAGAGCUUCAGUGCCUAGAGAUGUUAAAGGAGUUGCGGCAGGAGCAAGAAAGGAGAACGAUACAGUGCGAGAGGGCCAUGUCACAGAACACGAUUCCGCAAGCGACCAAUGACGAGAUGCCCACGUACCAAGAGAUUGUCACCAAAGAGAUCACGCCACCGAGAGCCGCACUUCGAGAAAUUGUCACACCCCAACGACACCAUCCAUGCAUUCCUGACUCCAAAGUGUCUUACCCUCAGAGCUACGACGAAAACGGGUCUGGAUUGCCUUGUGACCCUGAUUACGAGCGUUUACAAAGGUGUCGAAUGGCAGAGAUAAGGCGGCAGAGACUGACCAGGAGGACGACAAAGACAAGAUGACGCACAGGAUUCCAAUCUGCCUAAUGAGAUAUGAUUGUUAAGAUUUCCACCAAUUUGCCCAACUUUCCUUUCCCCAACAUUUGACAUUCUCUGAUCUUCAUGUCAAGCCAGAAAAUUGCUUGCCGCUUUCCUGUGGCCACAUCCUCUUUUCCCAACUGGACCUCCUAGUCGGAUACGGCGAUGUUUUGGAGUCUAGUACGAUAGCAUGUCUCUAGAUAUCACUGGAAUCAGAGACUGUUUGAACAAGCAUUACAUCCGAUUCCUUCGACACCGAGGGCUCC